AUGUCUGGCUGGAGUUGCCUUUCCCCUGAAACUAAACAAAAAGUGGUGCAGAAGCUUGAUUUAAUGAGCAGAAUCGCUUUGGGAAGUACAUGUCGUGCCGACCGGGAUAUUGUGAACUCCACAAAACUUUACAUUCCACGUGUCAGAAUUGCUAAAAACGAAGACGACUGCUUGCUGAUGAUCUAUUCUGGGGUUAAUCAAUUCUUGAGAAUGGAAUUUUCCGAGAGAGCAGAUGGAGUUCUAAUCAGCAGAUCUCAGAAUAGUUUCAAUCCAGAACACAAGUCCUUCAAGUUGAUCCCAUUCGACAUGACCUUCGGUACAUCUACACUUGCAAUGUUUAUAGCCGUAAAUGUUUUGUCGAAACCAAAUAUUCUAGUGGGAACCAUCGAAUGGAACAAUGUGGACCAAUUCAAAAUGUUAUGUGAACUGAUGUUUAACGAGUUUCGCAGAACGAACAACUUUUUCGUUACCAGUCUGGACGCUUUGCCUAAAAUUCGUGUCAGAAACGUGGAAGUUCUUGGAGCUCCGGACAGUCACCUCCUUUUUUUCAAAAUUGUGUGUGAUAAGUCAGUUCUGGAGAAGGUGGUGAGAGUUGGUAUAGUAAUGAAUGAUGUAUGGCAAAACCCAAGAAUGGUAUCGGAAACGAGUGUGAUUAGAAACGGGGAGAAACACUUGUCAGUUUUAUCCGGAAUUGUAAUGAGAGAUUGCGCCGGGGUUGCAAGCAUUUUCGAGACUUUAGAAUCAGCAUUGGACGCGGAACCUUCAGAUGGUGAAUAUGUCUUCCACACUAUUCGUGAUCUUGGAAUGGGAGCGUCAGAACACUUUGAUCUGUUGGAUGUGCCUGUUCAAAAGCUCAAAGAAAAAGUAACAAUGAAAAGGUUUACUCGAAAAAAUGGUGCAUAUGUUUUUCGUUUCAACAAGUCAUCUUGUGGAUUUUUCAUUUAUGCAGUACUAGCGGAUCACGAAAACAAAUUCCUGGAACUGUUUCAAAAAGAGACUUGCGGAAUCGGGCAGUUCUGUAAAAAGUGUGCAAAUCCAUUUGACUACUGGCACUACUCGAAUAUCACUCGUCGCAUUUUCCACGAACCAAAAUGGACUGAAACUCCUGAUGCAGACAGUGAAACGUUGACAAAAGAAAGUAUGGACUCGGAAAUGAGAGUUGAGAAAAGGAAGUUGAAAGAGAUGGAGGAGCAGAACAAGGGUAUUAAAUACAGACCAUGGGGAUUCCGAAAUAUCAAUCCACAUAUGGAAGAGGAGCCAGAAAUUCUUGAUGAGGAAGAAGCGAAAGCGGUGGAAGAACAAAAAAGAGAGCGAAGAUUUGUAGAGUCAAUGAUUGAAACUUUUGCUGGAACCUUGAGUGGUCCCAACUUCAUUCCCAAACCAAACACCCCGGAAAAAGAUGAGGAAUCUGACGGUGAAUCUGACGGUGGUUCUUCAGAAGACGACUCCGAAGCUCAAGAUAUGUCUGACGACGUCACUACAGAGGAAAGUGACAAGGAAGGUUUAGAAGUUGAGAAUAGUUCUGCUUCUGAAAUCACGGCCCCACAAGAAAACGCACAAAUCGUAGAUCAAUCUUUGGCCAAGGAUCUCUCUUACUCUAAAAUCGUUAUUUUCUCUUUUAUUUGGUUUAUUAUUUCGGUUCCAGUGUCUAUUUAUGUUUACCGUGCUCUUUCGAUUAUUUGA